CAGCCGGACGCGGCGGCGCCGCCCGCUCCGGCCGCAGCUACGUCUCCCCCUCCGGCUCCGGCGCCGACUCCUGCUCCUUCCGUUUCCACUGCCGCGCCACCCACCUCAGAUUCCAACCCUGCUCCUGCUCCCGCUCCAACCCCAGUCCCCACCCAAACCCUAGAGCCCCCGACUCCCAUCCCGGCCAGCGUGAGGCCGCCGCCGCCUCGCAUGAGGCCUCCGUACACCCACCUAGCCUCGCCCAUCACGAUGACCGCCUCCUCCUCUCCCGCCACCGCCGGGGCCUCCUCCGUGGCCUCUGCAAUGCCAAGGGGAGGCGUCGCCCUUGGCUUGCCUGCUCACACGCGUGGGGCGCAGACGCCCAUGGGCUAUACCGGGUUCGUGCCUCCGCCGCCGCUCGCUCACCAGUUCAACCCUAUGCAUCGUGGCCCGGACCAGGCUCCGCCGCCCGCUCCCCAGCUUAGGCAGCCUGCCCCUGGGAUUCAGAAUAUUGGGAUGAUUGGUUCCCUCAGCACAUCUCAGAUGAGACCAGUAGCAGUCUCUGGUCCACAACAACCAAGGCCAGGUCUUCCAUCAUCAGCGGCACCAUCUGGUAGCCAAAUGCCAGGUUCACAACCAAGGCCAGGAGCAAUCUCUGGUCCGCAACAGCCAAGGCCAGGAGCAUUCUCUGGCCCGCAACAGCCAAGGCCGGGAGCAAUUUCUGGCCAGCAACAGCCAAGGCCAGGAGCGAUCUCUGGUCCGCAACAGCCAAGGCCAGGAGCAAUCUCUGGUCCCCAACAGCCAAGACCAGGUCUCCUGUCAUCAGCGACACAAUCUGCAUCUGGUAGCCAGAUGCCAGGUUCUCAAAAAACCCCCAUGCAUUCUUUAACAAGACCACUGUCCAUGGGUUCUCCUUCGAUGGCUUUACAGCAAACUCAGUCAAAUGUAUCAUCACAAUUUAGGCCCCAACAAAGGCCACAAGUUCCACAACCAAGACCCUACAAUGUUGCACAGUCUGCACCUAUGGCUUCGCAUCAACAGAAUGUACUUUCAGGACAGCAGCAGCACCUACCUCAGCAACAACUUUUGCAGCAGCAGCAGGUACCUCAGCAACAACUUUUGCAGCAACAGCAGGUACCUCAGCAACAGGUUCUGCAGCAGCAGCAGCAGCAACAACAACAACAACAACAGCAGCAGCACCAAAGUCAGCCACAAAGUUCCUCACAACAAAAUCAGCAAAAUACAACACUGAAAAACCAGCAGCAAGCUGCUCGGACUCCUGUCUCAUUGACUCAGAAGCCUGAUACUCCUGCUACGCUACAAGCUAAUAAUACGCAGCUUCUGGACAUGGCUUCCGCCGAUGCAGCUGCUGGUGAAUCUAGUAACCGGCUACUCUCCAAGAGGAGUAUACAUGACUUACUUGCACAGAUCGACCCUUCAGAAAGGCUGGAUCCUGAAGUUGAAGAUGUUCUUAUUGACAUUGCAGAAGAUUUUAUUGAAUCUGUUGGAACAUUUGCCUGUUCUUUAGCAAAGCAUCGGAAGUCGAGCACUUUGGAAGCAAAAGAUGUACUCCUUCAUGCAGAGAGAAGCUGGAAUAUCACCUUGCCAGGCUUCACUGGGGAUGAAAUAAAACUAUACAAGAAGCCGCAUGUUAAUGAUAUUCACAGGGAGAGACUUACUCUGAUCAAGAAGUCCAUGGCAAGUGAAGGUAACAAAAAGAGCUCUGCUGGCGAAGCUGCAGCCAGCCAGAAAAAUCAGGCUCCAAAGCCACCUGCCACGGGUUCUCCGUGAAAGGAAACCAUCAGCCCUUGUUGUAGAGUGUAGAACCAGGCGGGGCGGAAGUAGGACCGCAAUAACAUGUAUUAUGCGUUUCGUAAAGCUGGAAAUAUUACAAUAUGAACUACUAGUAUUUCUGUUUUGUAACCCUGCUAAUUUAGACCCUGAACUUCGGUGAGGUGCCAGUAGUUGCUUUUCCACCGCAGAUUUUUUUUCAGAAAUAGCUGGAGAAGAAGCCUUGUUGUCUCAGCUACAUCAAUGC